AUGCAUUCCACCUCGCUUCUCGUGGCUGCCUUCGCCGCCGUCGCCGCCGCCACUCCCAUGGCACCCAGCCAAACCUGGGCGACCAGCUACGGCUCCGGCAAGCCCACUGGCACCAGUGGCUCCUCCACGUCCCUGGUGACCGGCCUGCUCGGCAACCCGGAUGCCACGCCAAACCCCAAGCCUACGGACGGCACCAUCGCCAAGCUCCUGACCGAAGACACCCGCGUCGACCGCUUCACCGAGAUCCAGGCCGAGAUCGCGGCUGGCAACUUCAACCUCAAGUUCGACUUCAACCCCAACGCCAACCCGCCCAACCCGGCGGCGCUCCCGCUCGGUGGCCAGGUCGACCUCGCCAACCGCAAGAACUUCCCCCUCCUGACGGGCCUGGGCAUCUCCGCGGCCGGUAUCUUCUUCGAGCCCUGCGGCCUGAACACCCCGCACAUCCACCCGGACGCGACUGAGUUCUUCACCGUCGUCACCGACAACACCAUCUUCACCGGCUUCGUGCUCGAGAACGGCUUCACCACCGAGCAGAGCACCAACCUCACGCUCUUCCAGGGUACCGCCUUCCCUAUGGGCAGCAUCCACUGGCAGCAGAACUUGGACUGCAAGCCCGCGGUCGCCAUCGCCGGCCUGAACUCCGAGGACCCCGGUGCCAGCUCCAUCGCCCAGAACUUCCUCAUCAACACCAACCCCGCCAUUGUCGACGCCGCCCUUGGCUUCCCCAAGCAGAUCGACCAGAACAACUUCGCCGACUUCCGCGCCAACAUCCCCGUCUCGCUGGCCCGUGGUGUCGAGGAGUGCCUGAUCCGCUGCGGUCUCAAGUACUAA